AUGAACUACUACAUACCGCGAUGGUGGUUUAUAUUGUGUGUUUCUUCGUCGCUUCUGAGCGUCGGUACUUCUACGGUUUCGAUAGCCCAGCAAUUCCUAAAUUACCGGAAACCGUAUGAACAGAGAUUGGUGGUACGAAUUCAACUUAUGGUGCCGCUUUUCAGUACAACUUGUCUCCUGGCAUGUGUUAUACCGAGGAUAGCACAAAUUUGGAUUGACCCGGUGCGAGAAAUUUACGAAUCGUUUGUAAUCUACACGUUUUUCACGCUGUUGACGCUGAUUCUCGGUGGAGAACGCACAAUUAUUACCCAAUUGUCCAUGGGCAAGCCUCCAAUGCGACAUCCAAUUUUAGGACUGGGGCGAAUUUUACCUAAGAUCGACAUGUCCGACCCCAGCGAUUUUUUGAGCGUUAAACGUGGUAUUUUGCAGUAUGUGUGGUUUAAACCACUGUACUGCGCCGGGACCAUUCUGUGUAUGCAGAACAACUGGUAUCCAGAGUUUUGGAUGCCUUUUUGGACGAUUUCCUAUAACAUUUCUGCGAGUUUGUCGCUUUACAACCUCGCAUUAUUCUGGAAAUGUUUGUACGACGAGCUUCAAAAAUACAGUCCAUGGUCCAAAUUUCUGUGUGUCAAACUUAUCAUCUUUGCAUCAUAUUGGCAAGGGAUUAUAAUUGCUCUCAUGAACAAAUACGGUCUCAUUCCAAACCCGCCAAACAGUGUGGAUUACGGUUAUGUUUAUCAAAAUGCUGCGUUAUGCGUUGAAAUGAUAGGAUUCGCAAUUGGUCAUCUGAUUGCUUUCAAUUGGAGCGCCUAUAACUCAAAGAGUAUACCUGAGGGAGCGAGAAUGCGCACAAUUUACGCUCUCAGAGAUUGCUUUGGCUGUGGCGAUCUAAAAUGGGACUUCAAAAUAACAUUUUUUGGAAACCUUUACAAUUAUCGUCAUUUCAACUCUGCUGAAGCCGUCGUGGCUCAUAGGGACUCGCGAUCGCGGUUGGGGCGUUUACAAGCUGGAUUUAGGUAUUCAGAUGGAGGUCGAGGCAAUUACUGGGUCAAUAGCGUGGAAUCUUCAUCUCCAUCGCCAUCUGCUGCAUAUGGAAGUGUAGACGGCGAUGAGCCAUGGGUAGAUAUGGCCCGGGAUGGCUACAUACCUGAAGACCCCAAUUAUCCAGUUACAUGGGACAUAAAUUCAUACAAAUAUAGUAGAGAUAUGGAGGCUCUGCGACAGAAUACGAGACUGUCGUACGCUCCAUAA